AUGCCUGACGAGUUCCUUGCCAGCAACCCCCCCCCGCUCUGGAUCACGCUCUACCACAUCGUCACCCGCCUCCCUGACUCUCUGCGCGCAGUCAGGGAUCACUUCCUCGCUCGCUCUCCCACUGAGCUCACCAUUGCCCUCCUCGAGAAGGAACUGCUUGCAGCUGAGGCGAGCAUCGUCGCUGUAGGCACCUCUCGUGGCGACCCUCGCACCCCGUUCUUUGAGGGGUGUUCCCCUUCCCCCCUUCUCCCCUCUGUCGCCUCUGCUGCUACUGUCGACCUCCUUGGUGCUGAGAAGGUCGGGACCGCGUCUGCUCCGAGCGGGCGCCGCAGGGGCAAAGGGGGCAAGGGUGGAGGUGGCGGCGGGGGAGGCGGGGGUGGAGGCGGUGGGAGUGGAGGUGGGACUGGAGAGGCUAGUGGCGGCAGUGGGGGUGGUGACAGCAGCGGCGGGAGCGGUGGCAGGGGCGGAGGCGGCAGCGGAGGCGGAGGUGGUCGUGGCGGCGGCAGGGGUGGAGGUGGCCGAGGCGGUGGCGGCGGCGGUGGUGGUCGUGGAGGCGCUGGCGGUGGCCAGAGCCAGCAGCACGCCCCGUCGCUUCAGGAGGCACGUGAGUGGUAUUCGCAGCGGGGGGGGGCGGGUGGUUUUACCUGCACGUACGUCAUUCGCACUGGUGACCGCGCUGGCCAGACGUGUGGGAAGCCGCACCCCACGCACCGCUGUUUCUCGCGCCUUACCGACGCAUGGCGCGCCCAGUUUCCUGCUGGCGCUGAGCUGCCCCGCUGGGCUGAUCUGGAGAGGCAGGGGGUUGAUAUCUGGGCUCUAGACUUUGAUGCUAUUCUCACUGCCAUGUAUGCGAUGUUUACUAGUGGAGAGGGUGCUCAGUACUUGCGUGUUCCGCCCGACCCGGGCAUUCUGACCAGUCCGACUGCCGCUCUAGGUGCUAGUGAGUCUGCUGCCCCAGGUCCUGGUGAGGCUGCUGCUCUAGGUGCUCGUGAGUCUGUGCCCCCUGGUACUGAGUCGACUACGGCACUGCACACCUUCACACUGGACUCUGGUGCUUCUCGCUGUUUCUUUCGUGACCGCACUGUCCUUGAGCCACUCGCUCGGCCAGUUGCUGUCUCUCUCGCUGACCCCUCUGGGGGUCCGGUCCUUGCGACCUCCUCCACUGUCCUUCCUUGUCCUGCGGUCCCGUCAGGCACACUGUCAGGUCUCUACCUCCCCUCGUUCUCUACGAACUUGGUGGCAGGUAGUGCGCUCCAGGACGGGGGUGUCCACCAGUUUACCCCUGCAUACGAGCGCGUGACACACUGCACGUGUGCUCGGACGGGCCGUCACCUGGCUACCUUCACUCGGCAGCCCGGGUCGGACCUGUACACACUGACCACUGAGUCCCCUCAGGUAGCUACGUCUGCGUCUGCGUCAACGUCAGGUCAGCUGUCCGCCCCCUGCUCGUGUCGCUCUCUGGCACAUGAGACUGUCCUCUGGCACCACCGCCUAGCCCGCGUGCGUGGUCAGGGUCAGGAGAGGUACUUCCUGAUUGUUGUUGAUGACUUCUCGCGCUACACCACGGUCUUCCCCUUGCGCACCAAGGGUGACGUCCCUGAUGUCUUGAUCCCUUGGAUCCGCAGAUCUCGUCUCCAGCUCAGUGAGCGUUUCCGCUCCGACUUCCCUGUCCUGCGUCUGCACUCUGACAGAGGUGGGGAGUUUUCCUCUGGCCUCCUGGAGGCCUUCUGUCAGCAGGAGGGCAUUGAGCAGUCGUUCACGCUUCCGGCCUCUCCACAGCAGAAUGGGGUUGCUGAGCGCCGCAUUGGCUUGGUCAUGGAGGUCGCUCGUACCUCCUUGGUUCAUGCGGCUGCCCCCCACUUUCUGUGGCCGUUUGCAGUCCGAUACGCUGCGCAUCAGCUCAACCUCUGGCCCCGGGUCUCCUUACCGGAGACUUCUCCGACAUUGCGUUGGACGGGAGAGGCUGGCGAUGCGUCGCGUUUUUGGGUCUGGGGAUCUCGAGCUUUUGUUCGCGACACGUCCGCAGACAAGCUCUCCCGUCGCGCUGUCCCCUGUGUCUUCCUUGGCUUUGUCCCGGACGCGCCUGGUUGGCAGUUCUACCACGCCACCUCGCGUCGUGUCCUGGCCUCUCAGGACGUCACUUUUGACGAGUCCGUCCCCUACUACCGCCUCUUCCCCUACCGCACUGCCCCGCUCCCCCCCCCGCCUCUCUUCCUCGCUCCAGGUGCUGAGGUACCAGACCCCCUCCCCCCUCAGGGUGCUGCUCCCUCAGGUGUGUCCCAGGUAGACCCGGGUGAGCCUGUCGAGGUAGCUGUUGACUCUCGUCCUGCUGGGGGUGCUGAGCCUGGGGGUGCUGAGCCUGGGGGUACUGCGUCUGGGGGUGCUGAGCCUGGGAGUGCUGAGUCUGGGGGUGCGGAGCCUGGGGGUGCCGAGCCUGGGGGUAGUGCGCCUGAGGGUGCUGAGUCUGCGGGUGCGGAGCCUGGGGGUGCUGAGUCUGGGGGUACUACACCUGGAGGAGCCCUCUCCUCACAGCGGCUGCAGGAGAGGUACCUACAGUACUGCCGCCUCCGGAGAGGUACUGCUGGAGCUGGUCGCGGUGCUUCCCCUCCUGCCCGGGAGCUCCCCCCCCUCCAGCAGAUCCGAGAGUGGUACACGAGGCGCUGCAGUCUUCGGAGUGGUGCUCCUGGUGCUGCGGACCCGGACGUUGGAGCUGCUGCUGGUGCUGCGGACCCGACUGGUGGAGCUGCUGCUGGUGCUGAGGACCCGGCUGGUGGAGUUCCUGCUGGUGCUGAGGACCCGAGCGGUGGCGCUGCUACUGGUGCUGAGGACCCGGACGUUGGAGCUGCUGCUGGUGCUGAGGACCCGAGCGGUGGAGCUGCUGCUGGUGCUGAGGACCCGAGCGGUGGUGCUGCUGCUGGUGCUGAGGACCCGGACGUUGGAGCUGCUACUGGUGCUGAGGACCCGGCUGGUGGAGUUCCUGCUGGUGCUGAGGACCCGCGCGGUGGAGCUGCUGCUGGUGCUGCGGACCCGGGCGGUGGAGCUGCUGCUGGUACUGAGGACCCUGGCACUGGUGUCUCUGCUGGUUCUGGAGACGCUACCCGGCCGCGACCGUACUUCGUACCGCUCCUUCAGCAGGUUCUUGGUCAGGCUCCUCCUCGUUGUCCUCCUCCCUCCGUAGCGUGUCCUCCGCCUGUCCAGUCCCAGUCACAGUUACCGCCUGCCUCGCCUCUCCCUGGUCCCUCUCCUUACACUGGUCCCACAGGAGGUCUUGCAGAGCGUCGUGAGCCUGCGUCUCGUCCUGCGUCGCCUGUUCGUACUGCUCGCACUGGUCGUCGUGUCCCACGUGAGCGUCCUCCUCCUGUCCCUGGCACUCACUACAUGACUCUGCGUCCCUCCACUGCUCCUCAGCGUGUCCCGCUGCCGUCUCCUCCUGCGUCCUCUCUGCCUACUCUUCCUGAUCCGGAGUCUGACUCCCGUCGUGCUGCCAGUCCCACUGUCACCCGUCUCCUCGCUACUGUUGUCACUGACCCUACCUUUGAACUACGCCACUAG